UCAGUGGCUCUCAAUGAUUCAAAGGAUACGGUAUUAUUUUUGGGCACCGAUAAAACAAAAUUAUAUUUAUCGGGUAUGAGAAAUUAUCAGCGCCGAUUCCAUAAAUAAAAUAUCCGUAAAUGCUAUUUUAUUCUUGAAAAAAUAGUUUUUCCAACGACAUCAUGAUUUCCAUUUAUGAUAACGUAACGGUGAUUCGUCAUGAGUCAAUCUAAGUUGUCAUUGACGAGCACUGCCGAAAUAAAGAAUGCAGAACGCUGUUCACAUAUAGAACAGAGGCUAUUAAGAAAAAUGGGUCAAAUGCAAAAAAAAGGUUCUCGCGUCUAAAAGGGAAUGGGUCAUGGACAAGUCGAGAUAGGAUGCAUCACACUCGCAAAAGAAUCCCUGUACAAAAGUCAUACACGUUUUUGACACCCAAAGAGAAAGGAAACGCGAAAGAAACAGAACUUUAUUGUUUAACUGUCUGACAUAGCGAAGUAAGAUCGUCGAUUAAUAAACAUUGAAACAUGAAAUUCGAGGCAUUCUUAAUACAAUACGGUGGAACAAAUUAGUUUAUUAUGAGUUGAAAGUAACUUAAUAUUGUUGCCUAUCGAUUGACGCAGAAUCAUGACCGACACAUGAAAGUUACUUAAAAAAUAAAUUCUGCAGAUGAAAAAAAUAGAAUGAACAGUCACUUGUAGAAAUUUGAUAAUACAUCGAUCCUCCACGAGGCUGCACACGAUGUUACAUUAUUGAGAUUAAUAAUGUAACGUAUUCUCUUUAUUAGAUACGAGCAAUUCGAGCAGCGUAAGGGUAUAUACGUUCGCUCGGUGUGUUAUGUCCAAUAAUGUUGUUGGGUGCGGUGAAAAUUUUACAUAACGGUGGGGAUAUGAGCAACAGAAAUAUCGUUUCUAGCUCAAGAUGACACUAAUCUGAAAGUUAUUUCCGCACGAGAUACAUACAGGUAAAGAAGCAUAGUGACCUUUAAUUUUCGUGUCAAGUUCUCCACAUCUGCAAAAAAAAUACGAAAGAUUAUGACAACAAAUGACAAGGAAUACUUUAUUAUCCCUCUUCAUCGACGUCCAGACUUAAUUCAAGAUUGUUGCAUAUUACUUAAUUCUGAAUGGCCAAGAAGUGAAACUGCACGGUUAAAAUGUUUAAAUGCAUCAUGCGAUGAAUUCCCUACCUGUCUUGUACUUAUUGAUAAGGAGGACAGAAUUCUUGGUCAUUGUAAAAUAUCCUUGAUACCCAGAUUACGUCAUAGUUGUUUUAUACAAUCAGUUGUAAUUGACUUCCAAUAUAGAUCUCAGGGACUUGGAUCUAGGUUGCUUCGUGGUGCAGAAGAAUAUGUUAAAAAAAAAGGAAUCAAAAAUGUAUAUUUAAUAACCAAAGGCCAAGAAGUUUUUUAUCUUAAAAAUGGAUAUAAAACAUGCGAUCCGUUCAAAGCAUAUGGAAUUAAUGAUGUUGUAUACUCUACUGCAGCAUUUACAAAAUCUAAAUUAAAGGAGAAAUCUAUACAAUGUUCUGGCCCACCACCUCCACCAAUGCCAAAUUUUCAGAUGCCAAAGUUCUUUGAUUUCAAUGUAAUUGUUUCCAGAACACACAUGGUAAAAAAAUUAUAAUAGAAUAUAAAUGAAAAGAAUUGUUGCAUCUAGUAAGAUUCCCUUCAUAUUUCAUUACGUAAAUAUCGCGGAACGCAUAUUAUUUAUUUAUCUAGCGAAUUAUUUUUUUAACUGUCCAUGUAACAUAAAUCAUUUUUAUUUAUCAGUGCAGUCACAAAAGUAAAUCAUAUUGUCCAUUCCAACAAUGCACUGUUUUCAACAUUGUACAGUUGUACCGAAUAUUCUCCUUCCCAGAAAUUGGGAUUUUCUUCUGUACUUUCACCUUUCAUAUUUAUUUCUACAAAGGAGUAAGAGAAACUUAUCGAGGCAUAUGUAGUUUUUUCAUAUUUCAUGUACAUCUAUUAUCCAAAAACAAAAAUAGAACAACUUUUAUUUGUAUAUAAUCAUACUUCAAGUUCUAUUAUGAAACGGUUGCAAUACCACAAACUUUCUGAUAAUGUUCUGAUUGCUGAAGGCUGUCAAUGAGAAAAGCACCUAAAUCAUGUUUGGAGAUAGCACGGCCAGGCGACUCAUCGUACUUAACAACAUAUUUUGAACUUGGUGCAUCUGAAAAUAAAGUGUACAUAUAAUGAUAAUAAUAAUGUCAUAUAAAGUGGAUUCAAAUAUAUUUUUGAUGUGAUACAUACCAGCAAUAUGUGGUGGUAAUACAGCAAUCCAAUUUAAUUUGCUUCCUUUAAGUAGAUCAAACAUACGCUGAUGAUCUGCAUUUAAAUCCUUAAAAAUAGCAGGUACUGCUUCUGGUUUAUAGUACAAGAAUGCUAUUAAAAGUAAAACAUUAUUUAGAUAUCUAAAAGAAAAUACUAGUAUACAUUUAAACAGAAAUUGCUUUAAAGAAAAUCAAUUACCAGACAAGCAAACAGAUACUGUUUUUACAUUAUGUGCUACCAUAGCAUUUAUUAUAUUUUUCAUGCCCUGCGAUAAUACAGUGGUUGGACCUGAAACAAUUAAAUAUAAAAAUAUUAAACAUAUUAAAUCUUAUAUUACUGGAAACUUUAUAUCUUAUGUAAAAUAUUUUACUCAAGUCAUUUCUUGUGCCAAGCACAACAACCACUCCAUCUCUAUCAGAUACUGCAUUUGACACUUGUUCUGCAUUAGUAACAUCUCCAGUGACAACAUGUAUUUUUUCUACCAAGUUUGCUGGAAUUUUGUUUUUGUCCCUUACAAAUGCCCUUACAUUUAAACCUAAAUUGUGAAAUAUAUAAUUAAUUACAGACUAAAACGAUUUCAUAAAUUUCAUGUACACUUCAGAAGUUUCAAACAUUUGAAAUACGUGACUCUUUUUAUACGCAUUAAUAAAAAACAAAUAAAUAAAUACCAUACCCUUUUGUACAGCAUGAUUUAAAGCGCAUAACCCGGUAUUUCCAGUAGCUCCAAAUAUCACUAUUCGGUCCAUAUUAAUGCAAUUUUGAUAUCUGAUAAAUACUGCGACGUUAUCAGAAUCGAAAUGAUAUCCUAAUCAUUCAAACGUUAUGCUAUGUCAUCUUUUCGUACGAUUCAAAAUUGCAGUUUAAGGGGAUUUACAAACAAAGCGACUUCCUAUUCGUUUCUGCAAAUUCAUUGUUCCAACAUAACACAGUUAAUUA